AUGGGGUGCCUGCAGAGUGUGGCCUGCAAGGCGCGGGUGCGCCGGGAGCAAAUCGUGGUGUCGGACGUGUCGGCCACCAUCGAGCCCGCGGCCACGGCCAUCGAGGAGAGCUCGCCGGUGGUGCUGCGGUACCGCACGCCCUACUUCCGCGCCUCCGCACGCGUGCUCAUGCCGCCCAUCGCCCGGCGCCACACCUGGGUGGUGGGCUGGAUCCAGGCCUGCAACCACAUGGAGUUCUACAACACCUACAGCGACCUCGGCGUGUCAAGCUGGGAGCUGCCCGACCUGCGAGAAGGAAGAGUAAAAGCCAUCAGUGAUUCGGAUGGUGUGAGCUACCCCUGGUAUGGAAACACCACAGAAACUGUGACCCUGGUCGGGCCCACGAACAAGAUCUCCAGGUUCUCGGUGAGCAUGAAUGACAAUUUCUACCCCAGUGUGACGUGGGCUGUCCCCGUGAGCAACAGUAACGUGCCGCUGCUGACCAGGAUUAAGAGGGACCAGAGCUUUACCACGUGGCUGGUGGCCAUGAACACCACCACCAAGGAAAAGAUCAUCUUGCAGACUAUAAAGUGGAGGAUGCGAGUGGACAUUGAGGUUGAUCCCAUGCAGCUGCUGGGGCAGCGGGCACGGCUGGUGGGAAGGACUCAGCAGGAGCAGCCCCGGAUCCUCAGCAGAAUGGAGCCCAUCCCACCAAACGCACUAGUGAAGCCCAACGCCAACGAUGCCCAAGUCCUCAUGUGGAGACCCAAGCGAGGGCAGCCUAUAGUCGUGAUACCUCCCAAGUAGAGCAGUGCCAGGCACGCACGUGAGGACCUGGGUGCUCUCAGCCUGCUGCAAACGAACAGGGUUUCUGAGCCAAAGCAGACCUCUUGGGUUCUCCUGCCUUUGUCGUUGUGGUUGGAAACAUGGCUCCUCCUGAGUCAGAAAUAGAGCCUGGCUGGCACAAGGGUGCAGAAGAGGGUGUGCCCAGCUGGAGGAUUUCCCAGGAAGUGGAAUUGAGUGCUUGCAGGGGCUUGUGGCUGGCACAGAGGCUGUCUGACCUAAACGACUCGUCUUUCCUUGUAGGGCAGUGCAAGAAGCCAUGGGUGUGAUUGAACCGUGCUCAUGGUGAAUGCUGCUUUCCACCCAGCUGGAGAUAGAAGUGAAGACCAUGCCUGCUGGAUGCGAAGGGCUCCUGCAGUGCCCCUUCCUGCUGGGGCACCGGUCCCUGUGGUGUCCGUACCUAUGCAUUUCAGAUUGGUAAUUAACCCCUUGCCCUGCCUGCUGAUGCUGGGCAGGAGGGCCCGGGAAUGGGGUGGGAACAGACAGUGCCAGGGUGCUGAGCCAGAGCCCGGCACUGGCUGGUGCCCCCAGCUGGGAGGGGUUUUCUGCAGCCGAGGGGAAGCGGGUCAUGUUUUGCAUGCAUCUGGGUGUGUUUGGAGUAGUUGUGAGUGUAGGAGAUGCCAUAGCUCUUUUCCGUCUUGGAGUGAGAUCUAAGGGCAGGUUAGAUGUCCUUUUGUUUUAAGGUGCACUAAGUCUUUGCAGUUCCUCAACCUCCCCUCCCCAGUCCCACCGACCUGUCUCUCACAGAAGCAAAACCAGUUCUCAGCAGAGUGAGAAAUGGGGAGUGGUGCCUGUUCACCCGGCCCAGGUGCUCACUGACUGUGUGUGUGUGGGGUACCCAAACCAGUUUGGAGGUACCCUGGGACCCACUUGCUUCAUUGCAGACCCAAGUCCCUUGCUAGAAGUUGGGUGCUUGCUCAUUUUCCACACAAAUGCUGGCUCACAUGGAGACCCUCCUCUUCCUCAGCCACCCGUGGGGCAGGCUGGCUACUGGCAGGGACACCAGUGGAGGGGAUGGCACGCCUUGUGGUAACUCCCCAGGCUCUCCUUUCCAUGGGUGGAGGCUGUGCAGGGCAGGCCUAGUUUUGCCUGGGAAGGAGGAGGUGAAUGUGCUGCCUGAGAGCUGCCUCCCGGUGCUACAGGUGCUUUGGGGCAACAAGGGAUGUUUAUUUGCCUUUCUCCUCACCCCUCAUUGCCUGGAUGGCUGGCAUUGGCUGGUCCAUGGGGCAGCACGGUGCUGUGGGAUGCAACUGGCCAUUCCCAGGAUCUCAGCCUGGAGUUGCAGCAGAGGCAUAAGCCACGGCUGUGCUGCUGCUGCUGCUCCUGGUGUCCCAUAUCUCCUGGGCAGGCAGUUACAGCUUUUGCUGCUUUCUCUGUUCUCUCUGUCCUGGCGUGAGCCCUGCGGCUCCUCCAGCUACACCCCUACCUUCACGUUAUGGGGGGUUUGUGCUGCCCUGGGGAUGCAGGUCAUUCCUGUUGGGAGGGUCCUGUCUGCUGUCCCGCUGCCAGGAGAGCCUGGGGAGGAUUGCUGUGUGACACUUCCAUGCGAAGCCUUUCCUGAGGUGUUGGCAGUGCUGCCCCCAGCCUGGUACUGGGAUGCCCAGCCCAGUACUGCUCAUCUCCCUGUGGUGUGCCUGCACAUCCCCAUGGCAUAAUUCCCGCAAAGCUUCAGCUGCAUCUCCUGCCUUUCCAGGACGGGAUGUGCAUCCCCAGGCCCCGCCAGCAAAGGGGCUCCCCAGGCAUCUUAGACCAAAAAUCCCUGUGAAAUCCCCGCGCUAUUUAUUAUCCUCAGUAGUAUUUGCUGCUGGUUCAAUUCUUUAUUUAUUGUUUCCUUUGGGAGUGCUGCAUUCUGAUGCCUUGGUGCACACUUCCCUGUGCCGGGCCUGCAGUCCUGCUGCUCCCGCCCGGCCUUGCGGCGGAUUGGGAACCUGCUGCUUUCGGUGCCUAUGUUGGGGUUUUGUGGGGGGCUACAAGCCUUGCUGUGGGAAAGCUUUGGAGGGAGAGGGGGCUCUGAACUUUGGCUUGCUGUGUUUUCUGGCACAGAACUUCCACAGGAAGCUUGCUGGCAUGGGAAGAUGUCCUGCUCCUGUGAGACUCUGCCUGUGGUUUUGUCCUGGUGUGGGACUGAUGGCAGCUUUUGCCGUCACUGAUGUUUUGUUUCUCAAAAAGUGUGUGUGUGGAGAGGGGUUAGAAACUUGAAAUACAAUUUUCCUUAAGGAUUUGAAGAGGAGGGGUAAGUACCUUUUGGUUUGAAGUAAGGCAGGUGUAUGCUUUUGACCAGGGGGACAGAAAAGCCCCUGGCAGCAUCAGAGCUAAAAAGCCAGAGGAAGGAGUUCCCCAAUAAAUGGGUAACCCCAAGAUGGGCUUCCCGCUGGGAGAGGAUGCUGCAUUCAGAGAGGCUGUGCGAGCCAGCUCCCCAGAACUCACGGGGAAGGGCCAGGGCUGCAUGCUAGCUGUCAGCUCGUGGAGCUGCUGUGGCAUUGCCAUGGUUCCAGUUGUCUGGGAGAGUGGGGAUGCAGAUGCAGAGAUGCUGUGGAAUUCAUUUCCAUCUUUUGGGAUGUACUAGCUGGCCCGAGCCGUGGCACAUUGUCUGCUAUGACACUGAGACAGCAGUGGCUGAAUUUCUGCUCUAUGAAUGUCUACAACGUCCCCAGGGAGGUGCUUGGUGCCAGUGUCAGACUCGGUGCCUCGCUGUAGCCGUGUGCCUGAGCUCCCAGGGCUGCCCCAGCCUGCAGGCAGGUGCUGGCUGAGCCCCGGGGCCAUGCCUGUGUUCACCUCUCCAGGCUUUUGCCAGGUUUCUGUGCCCGCUCCUUCUCUGAUGGCUGGAUUUGAUGCACUUAACUCAGUUUGAUGCGUGGGUUGUCUUCGUGGGCAUUUCUUCAUUAAAAAAAGAAGGGGGAAAAAAAGUUUGCAAAAAUUGUUUGCAAAAAAAUUUGGCAAACAACGUUUGCAGAAAUGUGCAGGCAUUUUGCAUGUUGGCAAAAGGUGUGUGCUCACACUUGGGAGGAGGUGCUGGGUGAGCACUGAGCAGUGGAGCCUGGGUGUGGGGCUCAGACGAAAGGGAGGGAGGUGGUGGGUGAGGGCUCCCAUGUGUGAGUCUGGGUUUGGCUCACAUCCCUGUGGCUGGAUGAGCACCCGGACCCCUGGGCUUGUGUUUGACCACCCCAUGGGAUGCCUCCCCUGUGCCCCCCUCUGGCACCAGCACCCCAUUAUCUCAGGGAGGGGCAGGUCAUGGAAAUGCCCACCCUCACACUCCCCUUGCCCUGAGCCUCGGGGUGCCCCUUCCCCUCCUUCGUGUCCUCGGGUCAUUUAUUUAUUUAUUUAAUUAUUUGGCUAUUUAUUUAUUUAAGUUAUUUAUUGGUAUUUAUUGACAACUGGAAGUUGGGGGGUGUGUGUCAUUUGUGCUGCACAGUGGGGGCAGCUGGGUCUCCCCCCACCCAGCCCCCUGCAUUUUGGGGUGCUGCCGCACGUUUGAGAGCGCUGCUAGGGAGCGAUGUUUGCGGGCCUUGCGCUCCCAUCCCCUUUUGGAGCCGAGAGGGGGAGAAAGGAAGAGGAAUCACAUCGGUGCCUGCAGGGAGGGCAUCCGGUGCUUGUCGCCUUCCUGCAGAAGCUCGGAGCCCCCGUGCUCCCUCCCGUGCCCGUCCGUAUUUAUUGACCCGGCCUCCUGGCGUUUCUCUGUUCGGCUCCCGCUGGAUUUGCUGUUGCCAGUUCCCGGAGAUGGUGAGAAGAGCCAGGACAUAUGAAUGUCACUAUGGAGAAAAGACCAAACCAGGUAUUCUGCUGCCGCGUGGGGAAAAUCGGAAGGAGAGGAAAGCUGGUUUUGCAGAGUGCCUUAAACACAAAUGACUUUACCGAGUCUUGGACUGGUAAAUGACUUUACUUGGCUUGGACUUCUGUCUCUGGAUGUUAUUACCAACUCGAACAAAUGUUGCGUUUCACUUCUCUGGGAUUAAAAGAAAACCACUCGAGCUGUACUGGAACCAAA